AUGGUUAUGGAUGGUUGUGGGCACUCUUUUGACUUUUCAAAUAGUCACGCUGGUAAUAGUUCCAAUGGAACCGAUGUCAAUGAUGACGACAGGCUGCUUCAAUGUGAUUCAGAGAACAUUAGAAGACAGAAAUUUGAGGCCAUAUUAAAAAUACAGCAAGAGAACAGUGGCUUAAUUGAACCCAAAAGAAAUGAAGUAUUGUUGCCGGGUAUGUUUCUUCCCCAGCCAAUUGCACCUCCCACAACUGUGUCGGACAAAGAAGCCACGGAGCAAGACCAAGAUCUAGCAGUGAACUCCGGAACAAAUUUAAGCGGUUCCAUGAAUAGGCCUAGCACCAGUGGGCAGAGAAACUCGGGCAUGAGGAAACACAGAGUACGAAACUCAAGAAAACCAGUCAAGCAGUGGAUCAAGAAAGACAAUGGCACUUGA